ACGAAAAACAGUUUUGGGGGCCUAAAUAGGACAUUUUUUCACUGUUUGAGACCUCAAAAGGGGGCGGGGGCAAAAACAAUCGAAACAAUCUUAUAUAAGGGAAAAGGUUAAUUAAUUUAUCAAUUAAUUAAUUAAUUAAUUAAUUCAUUCAUUCAUUCAUUUAUUCAUUCAUUACAAUGCAGGCACAAAAGUUUUAAGAGAAUUGAUGAUUCCAGUAUCAAUCUAAAUAAUAAGAUAAUUGAUUAAUAAGAUGAUUAAUUAAUCCAUUCAUUCAUUCAUUCAUUCAGAGACAUAUUUGGUUUUCAAGUUGACUAUGUUACACGUAAUAGAAUUCUGAAACAUGGGUUUCUAACUUUUUUAUCAAUUGCCGACAUGUCUUUCCCCAUCUGUAAAGUGUCAUACCUUGUCAUAAAACAUUUAUUUUGGUAUAAAAAGAAAAUAGUAUGCUUUCUUUAAAAUAUACAAUGCUAAGUCACUUAUAUAUCUUAUUAUGACUAGGUUGUUCACGUCCAUUUCUAUUUAUUAUAUUAAUCUUGUGCUGAUAAUAAGGUAAACAUAAUCCGAACAUAAGUUUAUACAUGGAGUAACUUUUAUCACUUAUAUGUAUGUGAUUUAUACAUUGUACAUAUUUGACACAAGGUUAAUUGGUGGUAAACGAACAAUCCACUAAAUAUUGGUUAUACUUAUGAUAACAAUAUUGAAUCACAUAUUUUUUUACGCUAAUUUGUGUUUCAUUCUUUCUAUAUGUAUGACCAUAUUAUAUACAAGCUGGUUUAGAAACUGCAAAAUAAUUGUUAAAUAUGGUGAAAUGAUUUUUUAACGAUAACGUAUUUGAGUUAAAGCUAAUAAAUCAGACUAGCAACUAUAAAAUGUGAAUUUUCGGAUUAUCUAUUCCUAACUGUGACGUAAUCAAUUUGUGUACACGUGGAUUUCUUAUCCCUUUAAUUAUGACAUCAUCGUAAAGAACGCAACAGGAGACGUCACUGAUAAGAACGCAACAAGAUUGCAACCGGAUACGUCACUGAAAGAACGCAACAGGAGCGCAGCAGGAGACUUCACUAAAAAGAAGACAACAGGAACGCAACAGGAGACGUCACUGAAAGAACGCAACAGGAACCAACAGGAAAUGACGAUGCAUGAUCAAAAUGAUUCGGCCAACAAGCAUGAAUUUAGCUCAAGUGAGACAACCAAAACAGUUAUAGAGUACGGGAGACAUGGCAAAUUACAAAACAGAAAUGAAAAGAACUUGACAUUUAAGCAUCAAAUGCUACAUACAGCUUGUAUCUGUAUCAGCAUCUUUACACUGGGAUGGAGAAGCGCUUUGAUUGGUCCAACUUUACCUGAUCUUAGAAUCAUAAUAGACGAGAAUCUUGCCACGGCAUCCUGGAUAUUUACAGCUAAGUCACUAGGUGGAUUACUUGGUGCUAUCUGUGGCGGUUUCGCUUAUGAUCGUUUCAAUAAAAUCGGAGUUUUCGUCGCCACUAUUAUAGUUAUGGGUGUUUCGGCUGCCCUUACACCUUGGUGCUACCACCUGGCGGCAAUGUUGGUCGUUCAUGGGUUUUACGGGGUUUGCGCAUCAUCUCUCGAAACAGCGGCAACUGCUGACAUGGCCCUUGUGUGGAAACAGAAAGCUGGACCGUAUAUGCAAGCUGUGCAAUUUGCGUUCAGUGCUGGAGCGAUUGUAUCCCCUUUGGUUGCAGAGCCUUUUUUAGCCGAUUUAAAUAGUUUUCCCGCUAAUUUUGAACCGCUUGUUUCAAAUACUUCCUAUUUGGCAACACCGUAUUUGAAACCCACAGGAAAUGUAAAAGCUGUUACUGAAAGUCAAAGUGAACAAAUAAAUGGCAACACUUCUGUAACUGAAUACGCAGAAACAUUCAUUUAUAUUCCAUACGGUGCGACGUCACUCCUUUGUUUACUGUCUGUCGGUUUUUAUGCUGUGAUUUACUGCGUUUACGGCAGUGUAUAUAACACCCUUAAUGAUGUUUCUGAUUGUGAAAUAAGUUCACAUCGAAAUCGGUACUUCUUAAGUAAAAGGAUGAAAUAUACAUUUACCAUUCUGUUAGCGUCGGCUAUGUUGCUCUAUAUCGUUAGUGAGAAUUGUUUUAUAGGUUUUCUUAUGACAUUUUUAGUAUCGGAGCGCAAAUGGAGUAAAGCAAUGGGGUCUGUUGCAUCUUCUGUAUUUUGGAUUACUUUUUCAGUUGGUCGAUUAGUUGGCAUUGUUGUUAUAAAGUUCCUUAGUAUGUCCUCAAUGAUUUUCAUAUUUAGUGUUAUAUAUACUUCAGGUUCGGUGUUAUUUUUGCUGGCUGUGAUAUUUGAUCAAAUCAUUUUGGAGUGGGUGUCUAUUGGAGUUAUUGGUUUCGGAAUGUCUGUUUUAUUUAGCUUAGUAUUUUCAUGGUUGUCUAAAAAUGUCUGCACUUUGACGGGUAAAAUGGCGAGCAUUUUCUUUAUCUUCAUGAGCUUUGGGAAGAUGGGUGUUCCUAUUUUAGUUGGAUAUCUGAUGGAAAAAGUUUCACAAAUGUGGUUUAUUUAUUCAAAUAUAUUUUUGAGUUUUUCAAUGUUUGCCACCUUCGUUUUUGCUAUUGUGUCUUUCAAUUUAAUGAAGAGAGUUCAUAAAAGAUCAGAAAAAGCCAAUAUCAUGUUAAAAGAUGAAGGUGGGAAUUGAAAUGUUAAGAGAUGUCAAAGUGCAAUCCGUUUUCGUAGAAAAUUACAUUUAAGGGCGGAGUUUCUUUGUUAUUAAUUGUAACUGUACAUUCAUAAUUGUGUGUUUGGAGUACAAAAUUAUGUUUGAGUGUAUCAUUUUGUACAGUUUGUAUAAAUAUUAUUUUUUGUUCAUGUUAAUUCAUGUUCAUGAAUGAAUCAAACUAGUAAGUUGCUUUAAAUAUUAACAAUCAUAGGAGAAAGUUUCCUUAGUUUGGUCUUUAUAAAAGCACGGUACAUACACAGUUGUAAUUCUUGUCUGAAACCAAAAUUAUUACUGCUUUUAUUUUGUACGCUCUAAUGACGUCUAAUCACUUGAUAAUAUACAGCGCCAUUUUCAAAAGACAUUACAUGAGAGACCACAGAUUUGCUUCUAUUCUGCCAAUUAUAGGGGAGGUUGGUUGCAUAACAACAAAGCAACGAAGAUGAAUUGACAUGAUAAAUAUUUGGAACAGGUUAAUCUUAAUGGACAAAAGAAAGAAAUACAAGGCACAUAUUCAAAGUGGAUUACCGUUCUUUCAAAUGGUAAAGUGAUAGUCAAUCUGAUGAUAUGAAAAUAGUUCUGAUAAAAACUUAAACAAUCGUUCACCGAUGAAUUGAAUAAACACUGAAUUACCUACACAUAGAGCAUAAUAAUGUACUAUUCAAGAGCGAAUCCGAGCAAAAGCUCAUCCGCAACCGAAAAGAACGUCCUUAACUUGCACAAUUUUGUUUUUGCAUAUUACCAAUUUGCGUAGAAUCAAGAAGAUAUGUCGAUGAAGUACUUUAACAGAGACUAUACAUAUCAUAAUAUUCAUUCUUAGAUGUAACUUGUUCCAUGAUAUAUGACCAAACCAUUUGAGUGACAUUUUCUCAAUUAGUUCAUACACUAAUUUGACGGGAUAGACUUAAGCCAUUUUUACUAAAUAAGGGUACGGUAACUUGUCAACCGGACAUCGAUGUGAUGUUAGAAGAAUAUGUUAUGUUGUAUGACAAAUUUAUGCAUAUUAUUUAGAAGCACGCUAUAAAAUUUCUUAAAAUUAUUAUAUAUUAAACGAAGAAAUAAUUUGUUUCAAAAUUGUGAUAAUUAAAAAUUAGUU